CUCUCUCCACGUCCGCGCGCGUCGCAGACAAUCCUUCCACAGGAGAGGAAGCCAAACUAUGAAGCUUUAAGUAGGCAACAACAGCUGAGCCUUUUCUCAUCGCCGGCGUUGACGUUUUAUUCGGACUUUUUGAAAACUUUUUUUUUGUUUGAAAACUAAAAACCCGCCCCGGUGUCCACGUGGAAACGAGACAAAGUCUUAUGCCGUGAUAUAACAAGCAGUAAAGAGUAGUAGCCUAGAUCGAUUGUCUUUGUUUUGUUGUUAUUUUUCUUCGCCUGCUGUCUGGACGGCGGGAUUUCAGUAGUUUUUUUUUUUUGGGAGGGGGGGGGGGCAGUCUGCAGAUAGAAGAAUGCUGCCCCAGGUCUUCGCCCUGGCCUGUGGUCUCUGCUGCUUUGGUUUAUCCUCCGUCACUGCGAACGUGCUAAAAGCAGAGAGUUGGCUGCAGCAGUACGGCUACCUGCCUCCAGGUGACGUCCGGGCCCAGGCCAUCCGCUCGCCAAAGUCCAUUGAAACAGCCAUUUCAGCCAUGCAGCGGUUCUACGGUUUGACCGUCACCGGCUCCAUAGACUCCAACACGUUAGAGGCGAUGGGCCGGGCGCGGUGCGGCGUCCCGGACAAGUUCGGCCCGCAGCUGAAAACCAACCUGAGGAGGAAGAGAUACGCGAGGCAAGGUCUGAAGUGGGAGAAGUCCGAGGUGACCUUCAGCAUCCAGAACUACACCCCGAAGAUCGGCGAACAGGCCACGUACGAGGCCAUCCGCAGAGCCUUCCGGGUGUGGGGGGCCGCCAUCCCGCUGACCUUCAGGGAGAUCCCCUUCGGCCACAUCAGCGGCAAGGUCGACAAGUACGCCGACAUCAUGCUGUCGUUCGCCGAGGGCUUCCACGGCGACAGCACGCCGUUCGACGGCGAGGGCGGCUUCCUGGCCCACGCCUACUUCCCCGGGCACGGCAUCGGCGGAGACACGCACUUUGACCUCGCCGAGCCCUGGACCACCGGCACCACCGACCAAGGGGGAAAUGAUGUUUUCCUGGUGGCGGUCCACGAGCUGGGUCACGCUCUGGGCCUGGAGCACUCCGGCGACCCCUCCGCCAUCAUGGCCCCCUUCUACCAGUGGUUUGAGACGGAAAACUUCCAGCUGCCGAGCGACGACCGCAGAGGCAUCCAGGCCAUCUACGGAUCCAAGUCGGCGGCUCCGCCUCCUCCCCCGCCGCCUCCCCCCCCCCGGCCCACGAAGCCGCACGCCCCCGACAACGGCCCGGACGUCUGCGAGGGACACUUUGACACCAUCGCUGUCCUCAGGGGGGAAAAGUUCGUGUUCAAGGACAAGUGGUUUUGGCGCGUGCGGAACAACAAGGUGUUGCCGGGUUACCCCAUGACCAUCAGCCACUUCUGGAAGGGCCUGCCCGCCAACAUCAACGCCGCCUACGAGAGGGACGACGGGAAAUUCGUCUUCUUCAAGGGUGACAAGUAUUGGGUUUUCAGCGAGGCCGUCAUGGAAAAGGAUUCCCCCAAGAGCCUGAGAGACAUGGGCACCGGCCUGCCCAAGGACAAGCUCGACGCCGCCCUGUUCUACACGCCGACGGGGCAGACGUACUUCUUCAGGGGCAACAAGUACUACCGCUUCAACGAGAAGACUCGCACCGUGGACAGCGGCUACCCGAAGCCCAUCAGCGCGUGGAGCGGCGCGCCGGACAACAUCAAGGCCGCCAUCAUGAGCCAAGACGGAUCGUACACUUAUUUCUACAAAGCCAACAAGUACUGGAAGUUCAACAACCAGUACGUGAAGGUGGAGUCGGGCUACCCCAAGUCCGUGCUCACCGACUGGAUGGGCUGCGACGGCGAGGAGCCCAAGAGGGGUCGGGAGGAGGACGAGACGUUCGUCGUCGAGGAAUCGCUGGGCGGGGCCGGCCCGGUUGCCGUGGUGAUCCUUCUCCUCCUGCUGGUGCUGGUGGUGGUCACCCUGGGGGCGCUUUUGGUCUUCAGGAAGUACGGCACGCCUCGACGCCUCCUCUACUGCAAGAGAUCCCUCCUGGACCAGGUGUAGACAGAGACCCAGGUCGGGGAGGAGGGGAGGGGGGGGGGGAUAUUGAGAGGAGGAAGAAAUGGAAGAGGAGGAGACAGAAAAACGAAAAAAUAAUGGAGGACAGAGGGAAUAGGAGGUGGAGGAGGGGAGGAGGGGGGGGGGCAAUGUGUUCAGUGUUGGGUGGUUUGGGGAAAUAAAGGCCCUAGCAUACGAAAUCAGGAAACAUGUGUAUUUGUACGUUGGCUACUUACAUAGAGAAGGGGAAUAUACAAAGAGACUCAUCAACAAAUCAAACACCCCCCUUCCCUCCUUCCUUCCUUCCUUCCUUCCUCUCCUUCAUCUGGACGACUCCAGCUGAACUGCCGCCUGAUUCGUGCGUGAGAUCGAGAUCCGUGUUUCACUUUUGGUUUUUACUCCCAAAUGCAUCCCCUGUGUAGAGUUUUUGCAAAAUGUAUUCAUUUUUAAAGGGACUUUUAAGGUCUCGAGUCCACUGUGCGGGGGGGAGGGGGGGGGAGGUUUUGAUAUUCAGCAAUGUGGUAUUUCUUCAAAAAGUCGGGCUGGAUGUCGGACGUCGUACUUCUUCAGUGCGCCCAAAAACCUUCCGGUUCACCGGUUAAUUACUUUUUCUUUCAUCAAAUAUAUUCAGAUAUUACUCAACGUUCUGCCAAUUUCUAUGACUGGAAUCCUGUCGAAGCGACACCUAGCCCGACGAAGACCUUGACGCUGUCAGUUGUUAUUGAUGCAGAUUACCACGAGGCUAGAAAUCCUUCAUUUGAGGUGUUUUAACUGCGACUUGACUCACGAGCGUUACUCAUCUUUCAGUGUAAGCAGUCAGACGGGAGAAAGAUUUUACUUCAAAACGUGACGUUUUAACCCGACAUUCCGGUACAUUUCGUUGUUGACCAAUAGGAGCAGAGCUGCUGGUGCCAAAAUGCGUCAGUAAGCGGUACAUUAUAGUGCAAUCUUUAAUUAUUAUUGUUUUUAUGGUAAAUUGUUGUUAUAAGUAUGGUUAUUGUUAUUAUUGUUCUCCAGGUAAAGUAAUAGGGCCUUUUGUUUUGUUUUGUUUUGUUUGCUUUUGUUGAUUGUCAUUGGGAGUCCUGCUGGACAGAGGCGUAACGUGACAACGAUGGGAAUGGAUCCCAGUUUGCACUCAGCAUGUGAUGGGUUCCAUCCAGGGAGGGGGGGGGGGGGGGCUGGACGUGAGCACAGGGAGUUUCUCUUUGCUCACCUGGAGCCUCUGACAAGCGAUGCUAUUUAUGAACUUUGAGGGAUUGAUGGUGCUAAAAAAAAUUUGAGGUGAUUUUGUUUAGGUAAUAACAAUGAUAAUGGUAAUGAUAUUUAUAAUGAUGAUCAUAUCAAUA